AUGAGGAUUGUUGACGACUUCGCAGGAGUAAGCAUUGCUGGUAUGACGUCUGAGAAUAUUUCCGCUGAGUCUGACUCGCCAGUCCCAGCGAACGGGAGCUCACGCGAGCAGAGCGAUGAAACAACACCGCUGUUAAAUGAUCAGAAUAAACCCGUUGUUUUGAGUGAGGAGGCCCCGUCGAUUCGCAAUGACGAUGAGCAAGUUGUUAUCGUUGAGGAGGUGAAAGGGUUCAAAUUAUGGCUUAUUCUCUUCACUUGUUGGAUUGGUGUGUUCCUCGGCGCUAUCGACUCGACUAUUAUCGCCACAUUAUCGGCACCUAUCGCUAGCGAGUUCCAUUCCCUCAGCCUGCUAUCAUGGCUUGCGACUGCUUAUUUAAUAUCGAAUGCCGCAUGCCAGCCCAUUUCCGGGAGGCUGACGGAUAUCUUUGGACGAGGACCCGGUCUUGUAUUCAGUAAUGUUUUCUUUGCUGCGGGGAACCUCAUUUGCGGCCUCGCACAGGACGUGGAUGCCAUGAUCCUGGGACGAGUCGUCGCUGGCAUUGGAGGUGGCGGGCUUAUGUCCAUUAGUACCUUCGUAGGUACCGAUCUCGUCCCCCUGCGAAAUCGAGGGGUUAUCCAGGGGAUUGGAAAUAUCUGCUACGGACUUGGAGCAAUGCUUGGUGGUGUCUUCGGUGGUCUAAUCAACGACAACUCUUCUUGGGGGUGGCGAUUGGCAUUCCUAGUUCAAGUACCUCCAAUUUUGGUUUCUGCUGUCCUCGCCGCUUAUCUCAUUCGGAUACCGCCCAAAGUUUCCGAGAAAUCGUACCUAGCUCGCAUAGACUUCACCGGCUCUUUCUCGCUCAUUGUAUUCCUCGUACUUCUCCUACUUGGUCUUAAUUCGGGGGGCAACAUAGUACCGUGGAUUCACCCUCUACCGCUGACCACACUACCGCUAUCGUUAGCGGCAUUUAUUGCUUUCAUUAUCUGGGAGUCCCGCGCCAAGCAACCAGUCAUCCCAGUGCGUUUGCUAUUGGACCGAACAGUGUUCGCGGCUUGUAUGACAAACUUGCUUUGCUGCAUGGUAAACAUUAUAGCCCUAUAUUACGUCCCCGUUUACAUGCAGUCGCGUGGCAGUUCCGCUACGGACUCUGGGUCGGUAAUCGCGGUCGCAUCGAUCGGUAUCUGUUUUAGCUCAGUCGGCAGUGGACUUGUGAUGAGGAAAACCGGACGUUAUGUGGUUAAUACCUAUUCCAUAAACUCGACCUUAUUGCGAGUGACCCUUGGUGUUUUUGCCGUGUCGCUCCAACUCGCCUCUUCCAUCAUUCUCACGACCGCCAACGAAAACACUCCGAAGUGGCCUCUUAUGAUCGCAUUCCUGCUGCUCAGUUCAGGCCAAGGCGCUAUGCUUACUGUCACUCUCUUGGCAUGUUUAGCAGCCGUGGACCACUCUCAUCAGGCAACGGUUACAUCUGCGACAUACGCAUUUCGGUCUGUCGGCGGAACGGUGGGUCUCACGAUCGCAUCGGCUAUUUAUCAGAACGUGCUCAAGACUGAGCUAUGGGAGAGGUUUGGCGACCUCCCCGGCGCCGCGGAUGAGAUCCACAGAAUUCGAGACGACCUGGACGAAUUGAAGCAUCUCCCCGGUGGUUGGUAUGAUGGUGUCAUCGCCUCUUUCAUGGAAGCUUUUAGGAGCGUGUGGUUUGCGAUGGUCGGCUUGUCGCUUCUAGCGCUCAUCAGCGUCUCCUUGAUGAAGCAACACAAGCUACACUCGACUUUGGCUCGCAAUGAAAGGGACUAACGUAUUGGAUAUCUAGAGGUAUAUGCUCCCACCCUAAGUACCUAGGUACCUAGGUAUGUAUGUCGGUGGCAGCUGUCUUUGUAUUGAUGUAUAGCGAGGCGAGACGGUGGGAAGUGAGUAGAUAUCAACACUGAUGUUACACAUAGCGGGAGUUUCAACAAUUUAAAAAUUAGACUGGUACUAAAUUCAGGUAAAAGGGAAAAAUACAUGAAAACAUCAUGGAAAACAAUAUGCGUUUCCUCCGAUUAUACCACGACUACUCGUCGUUUCUCCCUUAUAUUCAACCCUUUGAGUCAGAUCUUAUUGAGUCCUCAUAUUGCCUCCUCUGUCGACACCCUAUCCCCCCUUCCACCCGAUGUUCGCAGAACAAGCCUGUAACAUAAUUAUCGGGGAGUUCAAGGAGAGUUGUUCAUUCAGACUAUCGAUUCGCAAUAUCACAUGCCGCUAUCGGAGUCUGGCAGGUUCGAGAGGAAAGUGACGAGCACAGCAAAGAAAGCAGUAAUGCCAACGAGCAAAU